AACCAAUCCAUGGGAAUGGUCACGUGGUUAGGUUGGUUUUGGAGUGGGUGCGUCUUUUUCAUUGGCUGAUUGCCUGUCAACAAAUGCCCAAAGGCAAAACCCCAGAGAUAUACCAGAACCAACUUUCUCCCCCUUCCCUUAUGUAUAAAGCACUUGCCAAGUGCUGAGUGCUGGCCUACCCAUCAUCAUCACUAUCACUCAUUAUUAUAUUAGGUUUUUUACACUAUAAAUUUAGGUCCCCUCGUCUUCUCCGCUUACCCCUGGCAACCCAAACUCCCUCAGUAAGCCCUCCGAGUAAAGAUGACAACUGUGAGGCUUACCUCUCCUUGUGUCAUUAAAGCUGAAAUCCCCAACCGAUUUAAAAGUGUUAUUGACAAGGCCCCAACAUCUCUUGGAUCUGUUAAGAGCAUCUCCAAAUCUUUUGGGUUGAAACGUACCUCCAAUUACAGAACACCAAUGGCUUUGUACAAGAUUAAGCUUGUAGGACUAAAUGGUGAGGUGAGCGAGUUUGAAGCCCCUGAUGAUCAAUACAUUUUAGACACAGCUGAGGAGGCAGGAAUAGACUUGCCCUAUUCUUGCAGGGCUGGCGCUUGCUCCACAUGUGCUGGGAAGAUGGUGUCAGGUUCAGUGGAUCAAUCUGACGGUUCAUUCCUCGACGAGAAACAAAUGGGGGAGGGUUAUCUGCUGACUUGUGUUUCAUACCCAACCUCAGACUGUGAGAUUCACACUCACAAGGAAGGUGAUCUCUACUAAGUAUUUUACGAUCAGAAAUGAGUAGGAUCUCUCAAGUUUGUGGUCUAGAACUCUUAUCUAAAUUUGUACCAAUAAGGUUAAAUGCUCUCACGGACAAUUUGUUAUCUAGUAUUCAUUUUUAUGUUUGUGGCUGAAUGCCAUCUCGGUUUAGAAUUUUAACCAUUUUUGUGGACUGCCAUAGUUGAAGUUGGAGCCCUGUGCUCUUGAACUACCAAUAUUAUCUCUAAGUUUUAUCGUGAGAAGAAUGCAAUUAUCAUAAGCAAUCGAUGCCAAGCUGUAAUAUGAAAUGUAAGCUGUUGGAAA